AUGCUAUUAUCCACAUCUUCUUUCUUGUUCUAUUUCUUUUUGUUCGAUACAUCAACAUGUGCGCCGUUUCUUAAACCAAGCAACGAGACAACCACUGGCUGGGUGUCAGAUCCCAAUGGCCGGGGAACAUUUUCCCUCGUCGUUUCUUGUCUAUUGACAUUAUCACUUUGUGUUUGGUCGGCGAUGCAUCUUAAUAUUCCAAGACCUUAUCAUCCUACGAUUCAAGAAUUUAUAAUAGGAAUCAGAUGGGGUGUUGUAGGUAUUUUUGCUCCGGAGUUGGUGGUCUUUGCGGCUUGGAGACAGUAUAAUUCUGCGACAGCUUUGAAAGCUUUGGUUCAAGAUAGAAUUUCUGAGGUUAUGACACCGUGUCCGAGUGAACGUUCUCGUACAAAAUCGUCAGAGCUUGAUAAUAAAUCGACCAGAGUUGAAGUACAUGAUACCAUUUCACCAUGGACCAUUGUUCAUGGUUUUUACGCCGGCAUGGGUGGAUUUGUUUUCGAUUUCGAGAAUUCCGACGAUAACACCCCGCCAUUUAUCCCCAACUAUCAACGUCUAACGCUUACCGCGCGUGGUGUCAAUCUACUCGCGGAAUGCGGUCACCUUCCAGACAUAACCAAACGCGAGAUAUUGGAUAAAAGCAAAGCAGACACCAUGGCGAAACUUCUCGUUAUUCUCCAAGCUGGAUGGAUGUUAGUACAAGUUAUUGGACGACUUGUUACUGGGCUCCCGGUCACCCUUUUGGAAGUAAAUACACUGGGUCACGUUCUCUGUGCAUUCAUUAUCUAUUUACUGUGGUGGCAUAAACCACGUUCUAUAAUGGUACCCACGAAACUCGAGGGAGAUUGGGUAAAGCCUUUAUGUGCCUAUAUGUACAUGAGUAUUCAGAUCAGUGGAAAUGAUAGCAAACAUCCUGGUAUUCUCAAGAGAUCGUGGAAGGACUCUGAACUUUCGAGAUUUGCAUAUGUGCCUCCGGUGGCGUCUGAUGAAAUUCAGGAGGAGCUUGGAAUCCAGAGAACGCCGUCCAGUCUCACACCAGAGAAAUCGCAUAUUUUUGAAAUCAAUGCAGCAACUACCGAGUUGUAUGAAUCGGCCCAAAGAUCUACAUUCGGAUUCUUUGUCCCGUCAAGAUCGGACCUAAACGCCAACGGUUCUUCCAAACGAGAUCCCGAUCAAACUGAAAAUACUAAAUACCUACUUAAUGCUAGUCUCGAGCAACUGACCCGUUGGCAACUAGCAGCAAAAGCAAUUCACACCCACCCUGCGCUCCGCUCCCGUUUCACCGUCAACACCAUUCCAGCUUCUCCUGGUCAGCCCACCCACCAAAUCCACGAGCCUCUAAUCGAACAACUCGUUUCUCUCUCCGCGGGCAACUGGCCUGGCGAAGAUCUCCUCCGUAGCACCGGUGGUCUCGUCAUGGGCAUGACAUUAUGGCUAGCCAGCAUUGCGUUCGGAGCCGUGCACGCAGCGGCCUGGUACGAUUAUUUUCCCUCUCUCUUCGAACAAUGGAUGUGGAGAGCCAGCGCUGUAUAUAUUGCAUUCUCUGGAUUGUUAUGGUUAUGUAUCAAUGGCCUCGCUCGAGCUAUUAAGCCUGUCGACCAGUUUUGGGAUCGGUUUCUAGCUUUGAAAGAACAUUGGGGUAGCUAUUUGGUGAUUGGGUUUUUGUGUACGGUUUGUGGUAUAGCAUAUGUGGUUGCGAGAAUUUACUUGGUGGUCGAGGCAUUUAUUAGUAUCAGGAAGUUGCCGGUUGGUGCGUAUGGGACCCCGGAUUGGACAAUGGUUGUGCCGCAUUUGUAG